AUGGAAGGAAAGUUACAGUUGAAUCGACUAAAAACUCCCUUUCGCCACCGCUCCGAGGAGCCAUGGGUGGAGCGCGAGCUGGAGAAGCGCAUGGGUGGGGAGUUCUUCCCUCACCCCCCAUGGGUGGAGCGCGAGCUGGAGAAGCGCAUGGCGCAGGUGCUACCGCUGGGGUGUCCCCCCUUCCCGCGCCUAAUCCUCUUCUCUUUCCCCGUCUUCCGCCUUCCUUUCCCCGCCUUCCUUUCCCCGCCUUCCUUUCCCCGCCUCCUCCCCCCUCUCCCUGCGCCAGCCAUGGGUGGAGCGCGAGCUGGAGAAGCGCAUGGGGCAGCUGCUACCGCUGGGCCAUGGGUGGAGCGCGAGCUGGAGAAGCGCAUGGGGCAGCUGCUGCCGCUGGUGGAGGAGUCUUUCUCCGUUGCUUCCUCCCUUGCUAAGCAAUUCGUGCAGGACCCAGCGGUGGAUGCUCUGGUGGACGAUGACGAUACAGCCUACGCUGUUGAAGAGCUUGUAGCGGAUCUCGCUUCUAAAGGUAUCCCAGGUGCAGCGGAUCUGGACGAUGCGCUGCAGCAGUUUGGGUCGGAGCAGAUUGCAGAGAGUGUGGUGGCUUAUUUUGAUGUGCUCAUGGCGGCCGUGGAUGGGCACCUCGAGAAAGAGGGCGAGGCGAGUGAGGGAGCGAGUGAGGGAGCGAGUGAGAGAGGGAGUGAGAGGGGGAGUGGGAGCGAUGGGAGUUUCAGGAGGGGGAGGAGGGGCGCGGGGAGAGGUGCGGGAAGCGAGAUUGGGAGUGGGAGUGGGAGUGGGAGUGAGGAGGGGAGUGUGAUCGAGGGUCGCGAGGAGGAGGAGGGGGAUUAUGGAGGGAGAGGGGGGAUGAGGGGGGGAGGAAGGGGUGGGAUGGAUGGGCAUAGGCAUGAGAGAGGGGAGAGUAGAGGGAGUGAGUCGUGGGACGAGGAAGGGGAGGAGGGGGAUAGCUAUGGGGAGAGUGAGGAGGAGGACGAGAGGGGAGGAGUAAGGGGAGGAGCAGGAGGAGCAGGAGGAGGAGGGGGAAGAGGAGUGAAAGGAGGAGGGGGGAGGAUGGGAAUGGAUAUAGAUGAUAUGGAUGAGGAGGGGAGGCUAGAUGAAGAGGAGGGGGAUAUGGAUGGUGAUAUGGAGGAGGGGUACGGGCAAGAGGAGGGGGGAGUGGGGAGGAUGUGGGGGGAGGAGGAUCGAGGGCUAGAGGUAGUAGAGGAGGAGGAUGAGGAGGAGUUGGAGGAGGAAGAGAGAGAGGGGGAGGGUAGGGGUAUGGGGAGGUUGCUGGGCGCUGGAAGAGUGAGUUUUAAAGAGGGAGGAGGGAAGGUGGUGUAUGGAGGGGAGGAGGAGGGUGGGAGUGAGGUGGAGAGUGGGAGUGAGAUGGGGAGUGGGAGCGAGAGGGGUGGUGCUAGCAGGGGGAAUAUGAGAGGCGGGAGGGUGGGGGAAGGUUCAGAAGGGGAGGUGGAAGAGGAUGAUAUGUCGAUGAGUGGUGGGGAGGAGAAGCAGAUGGGUGUAGGGAGGGAGGGGUCUGGGGACUGGACAGAGGAUGAAGAGAUGAGGGAGGGGGAGGAAGGAUUGAGCGGGAGUGAUGUUGAGGGGGGAGUGGCUGGAGGACGGGUAGGGGGUGUGGGGAUGAACGUUGGGGAAAGGCAUGGGAGAGGAAUGGGUGAGUUAGGAGGGGAAAGGGGAGACUCGGAUCAAGGGUCGUUUGAUGAUGAUGAUGAUGAUGACGACGAUAUUCCCUUGGCCGAACCUGGAAGGGAGUAUCAUUCAGGUUCGGAAGAGAAUGAGGAGGGGGAAGGGGAGGAGGAUGAGGAGGGGGCACGAGGUGAUGCUGGCAGUGUGAUUAUACACGAUGGUAUGAGCGCUGCUGGCUCGGCCCGAGGCUCUUUCCGGGGCUCACUCGCUGACUCGGGGUCUUUCCGAGGCUCAGUGGGAGGUUCGGCGCGAAGCGGGGCUGGGGCGUUCCAGGGUCCAGGCAUGGGGUUUCCGGAGCAGGAGGAAGGGAUAUUUGAUGACGAUGAUGAUGACGAUGACGAUGACGAGGAUAUUCCGCUUGCCGAAGCUGGAGUUUCGGGAGAUUAUGGGUCAGGUUCGGACAGCGAUGUGGUGCCGAUUGCGCAGCCGGGAAGAGCACCGGACCUGGAUGGGGAAGUCUUGGGGGAUUCCCAAGGAGAAGAAGAUUCGUUUGGGGAGGGGGAUUCCCAAGGGAUGAAUUCUCAAGAUGAGGGCUCUCAAGAGGGCGAUUUUCAAGAGGGGGAUUCGCAAGGGGAGAGUGAUUCUCAGGAUGACGCUGGGAUGCCAGGAGAGGGUGGUUCUGUUACCCCUGACAGUCUAUCAGGGUCCGGUGAAGAGGUAGAGGAGGAUGAUGAUGAUGAGGAUGACGACGAUGAUGAUGAUGAUGACGAUGAUGAUAUUCCUAUAGCCAUGGUGAACCUGUCGAGUCAAAGCAACAACAGCAGUUUCGGUAGCUUGGGGGGCAGCGGCGGUGCUGGUGGUGGUGGUGCGGGUGGCAGCGGAAAGCACGAUCUGCCACACAUCCCAGCGGCAAUCAAGGCUUUAAGAUCGCAGCAUUUCGACGUUCCCCACAAACCGCUUACCGGGUCCGGGGGGCUGGGCAGUCCGAGAGUUGCCGCCCUCAGCCGCCCGGGCGCCGCUGGUUUCGUCCGUCCCAUGCCGCCCGCCGCCGGCCGCGUCAACUCCUUCUCCGUCUUUUCUGAGCCGCCCCAGAAGCUGCCGACCAACCGGGUGAACUCGUUCUCUGGACACCGUUUGCAGGGGGACGGCGUGCCUCUAACCCCGACCCCGCCACCUCACCCGCACCCUCCCAUAUCAGAGCGAGACCGGCUACUAGCCGCACGAGUUAACUCGUUUCAGAUGCGAGCGGUUAGCAGCAGCCCACGGGCGGCGGCAACAGCGAAUAGAGUCAAUUCCUUCUCGCAUCCGGCUAGUGGGCUGGCUUCCCCCCAUGCUAUGGCAGCAGGGCGGGUGAAUUCGUUUAAUGUGGACAACCGACCAGGGACUGGGGGCGGUGCAGGCGGGAUUCCGUCCUCUCCUCUGGCCAAUCGGGUGAGUUCGUUUAAUGUGGACGCGAGGGGCGGGAGUGGGAGUGGGUUUGCUGCCUCGCCGCUUGCUAAUCGGGUGAAUUCGUUUCAGGGGGUAGGGGUGGGUAUUAGGGGAGGGGGAGCGAUGGGGAUGGGUGAGACAGGGGUGGGGCAUGGGCGAGGUUCGGUUGGAUUCGGUGGUGGUAGGUUUGGGAUGGGCAUGGGAAGGGGGAGGGGGGCUGCUACUGGUGGUAGUGGCGGUUUUAAGGUUCCUUCCCAGGAUUCGUUUGGAGAAGGGGAAAUGGGAGAUGAGGAAGAGGAGGAUGAGGAGGAGGAGAAGGAAGGGAGAGGAAUGGGGAAGGGUUAUAGGGAUGGGGACAAGGGGAGUGGUGGAAGUAGCAGGAGUGGCAGUGAGAGGAGUGAAGAGGAGGAGAAUGAUGCUUCAUCAGCAGCAACGGAGGAAGGGGAGGGGAGCAGUGAGGGGGAGGAGAUGAGCGAGGACGGGGAGGGAGAUAGGGAGGAGGACGGGAUGGGGAGAGGAAGAGGGAGGUUUGGAAAAGGAGGGGAGGAGCGUGGGAGUGGGAGUGGGAGUGAGAGUGAAGGGGAGAAUCAAAGUGAGGGACAGAGCAGGAGUGGGAGCGAGAGGGAGAGUGGAAGUGACAGGUCUGAAUCGGAAAACGAGGAUUACGGGGAAGAAAGAUUCGAUUCUGCUUCUGCUGGUGCUGAUUCUGUGGGUGUAGGCAGGGGGCGGGGGAGAGGGAGGGGGAGAGGGAGGGGGGUGGAGGGGGUGGGCGGGCGGGAAGGCAGGGGGAGGGGGCGCGGGCGGGGCGUGGGGAGGGGGAGGGGGAGGGGGGUAACACCCGCUGGGGACGAUGGGGAGGGGGAGAGUGGAGGGGAGGAGGCAGGGGAAGGGGUGGGUAGAGGGAGGGGGAGGGGGAGAGGGAGGGGGCGGGGGAGAGGGCUGGAGGUAGAAAGCCCGGGAGCUGUGGGGAGAGGGAGGGGAAGGGGGCGGGGGAGAGGGGAGGGGUUGGAGGGGCGGGGGAGAGGGCGUGGGGAAGGGUUGGAGGGGAGAGGUCGGGGGGAGGGUCGGGGGGAAGGGCCGGAGGGGCGAGGGAGGGGGAGGGGGAGAGCAGGAGAAGGGGGGUUGGCUGGAGGCCGAGGGCCUACAGGCAGAGGUCUGGGGAGGGGUGGGAGGGGGAGAGGAAUAGGACGGGGCGGAAGAGGGGCCGAUGGGGAAUUAACCCUAGAAACAACUUCACCAGGAGCAGGAGCAGCAGGAGGAGCAGGAGUAGGGAGGGGGCGCGGGCGGGGGACAGGAAGGGGCGUGACAGGCCGUGCGUUCAUACACACAGAUAGUGACCCGGGCUUAGACCGCGUGCCUGGAGGUUCCAUGGAAAUAGACGAUGCUUUAGCCCAGUACGGCCGUGCGCCGACUCUCCCCAUAAUGAGACAAGCCAAUGCCAGCCCAACGCAGCAUGCGCCGCCGCCCCUGCCGGUUGCCCCGUCUCCUAGUGGCAGUGUGGGCGGUUCCAGGGGCGGGUCUAGCUUCCUUAAAUCUACCUCCACCGGGCCUGCCUCCCCUGGGUCUGCUGGUCCGUCUCCUGCCGCCUCUCCUGCUGCAGCUGCAGGUGUAGCAGCAGCAGUGGGGGCUGUGGGGGCAGUGGCGGGAGUAUCAAUGUCUCCUAGGCCGUUUCCACCUACGAGGGAUAGAAGGAGCGAGUCCGGAGGGGGAAGCGGUGGAGCAGGGUUAGGAACGGUGGUGGAGGAAGGGGCUGAAAGGGGAGUGGAGAUGUGGACGGGUGAGGAUGCGGCAGGGGCAAGGGGAGGGGCAGGGGUAGGAGGAGGGAGUGUGGGAGUGGGAGAGGAGGGGCCGAAGCGAGUGAGUGUGGGGGUAGGAGAGGAGGUGUUGGUUCCCCUAGUGCCCACUCCUCCAGGAGGAGCAAAGAAAAGCCCGUGGGGGAGCUUUGGACGAAGGAGCUUCAAGAGGGUUAGCAGCAGGCAGGAGGCGGAUACAGAGGCAGAGGAAGAUGGGGGGGGAGGAGGGGGGGCGGUGAAGGGAGGGGGUAUGGGUGUGGCUGGAGCGGGAGUGGUAACUGGCAUGGGUGCUGUUGCUGCGGCUGCUGUUGCUGCUGUGGGAGCCGCAGGGUUCGAGGAGAAGGAAAAGGACGAGGGAAUUGAGGGGAGGGAAGUGGGAGGAGGAAAGGGGGGAGGAGGAGAAAUGGGAGGCAGGGAUGUAAUGGCAGCUUCAGCUGUGGUUGAUGAUUCGAGUGAUAGUGAUGAGGAGGAGAGAAGGGAGAGGAUGGAGGAAGAGGAGGAGCAUGGGGAUGAGAGGAGUGUGAGUGGAGGGGAGAGUGAGGGGUCUGGAGUGGGUGGCAAGAGGAAGCUGGGAGAAAGAUUUGGGCGGCUGCCCGGAUCUCCCGGGCAGUUUGGGCCAGGUGAAUUGGACGAAGCGGUUGGUGCGUCCCCGUCUCGCCGGACCAAGCUGCAGGAUGGUUCCGCAGCCGAUCAGUGGCAGCUUCGGAAGCAUGGCCAGGUUGGAGAUGCAGGUCUGGUUACAGGCUCUGCAGCAGGCUCGGCAGCUGGUCUGGUGGAAGCAGCACCUUUGCAGAGCUUCGGAAGCGUUGACAUGACAAUGGGGGAGGCUGGGAGAGACGAGGAGAGAGUGAAGGAGGAAAGGGAAAGGGAGGAGGAGGGUGUUGGAGAGGAGGAAGGGGACACUGGUUUGGAAGGUUCAGGUCCGGAAGAAGGUGAAAAGGGUGAAGAGAGAGGGGAGGUUGGGGAGGGAGAAGAGGGAGGGCUGGAAGUUUCUGGCAUAGAUCGGGAGAAAGUUGGGGGAGAGGAUGAGAGGGAGGAAGGGAGUGUGAGAGGGAGUGAGGAGGGAAGUGAGCGAGGAAGUGAGGGAGGGAGUGAGAUGCACAGCGAAUCCGAACAAGAGUCUGACCACAGGUCAGAAGGCUCGGCAGGAGGCCCGGAUCAUCACAGACGAGGCUCGGGCGACUGGACUGGUUCGGAACGAGGCUCGGAGCGAGGCUCGGGACACUGGUCUGGUUCGGAUUAUAAUGAAGAGUAUGAUGAGGAGGGUAGGCCGAUAAGUCGAGAUGGUAGGAGGCCGAUAAGCAGAGAUGGGAGACCUGAUAGCCGGGAUGGGAGGCCUGACGAAUAUGAUGAGGAGGGAAGACCGAUAAGUAGGGAUGGGAGGCCUGAUAGCAGUUAUGGGAGGGAUGAGGAUUAUGAUGAGGAGGGGAGACCGAUAAGCAGGGAUGGGAGGCCUGAUAGCCGGGAUGGGAGGUGGAGAAAGGGAGAGGAGAGGUGGGAGGGGGGGGAGAGGUACAGUGGUAGUGAAGAUGGGAGUGAGGAAAGGAGUGAGAGGGGCGAGGAGGAGGGGAGUGAGAGGGGGAGUGGGGAGGAAGGAGGCGAGUUGAGUGGGGAAGAGGGGGAGAUAGAGGAAAGAGCGGACCAGGAGUGGAGGGAAUGGGCUGCAAAGAGGGAAUCAGACGAGGAGAGGGGCUCAGAUGAGGAAAGGGGUUCAGCGAGUGAAAGGGGUUCGGAAGAUGGAAGGGGAUCGGAGGACGAAAGGGAAGCUAACGUUGCAUUGGGGGCAGAGGAAGCUGGAGGUUUUGAGGAGGAAGGAGACGGGGAGCAGCGGAGGGGGUUGAGUGCGGUUGAGAGGGAGGAUGGGGAGGACGGCGAGGAGAGAAUGCGGAGCGAGGAGAGCAAGAGGAUGGGGCUGAUGGGAGGCCUGAGUGGCCGAUUAGGUUCAGGUCUGGUGGGGCGAAGGGGAUCAGGUUUGGUGGUAGAUGUGGGUAGGCCAAAUGAUGAGGAGGAUGAGGAUGAGGAGGAUGAUGAGGAGGUAGAUGGUGGUGAGCAUAGCGAGCGUAGCAAUGAUCAUAGUGAGGCUCGGGAUCAUGAGGAGUGGUCAGGUUCGGACAGAGGCUCGGCGGAAGGUUCGGAGGGUCGCAGGCUUGGCAGCGACCGUGGUUCGGCGGGUGUUUUGACUCCAGAGCUUACACCUCAGGGAAGCUGGAGGGGUGAUGACGUCACCCCCCUGGGCAGUUUCAGGGGUGAUGAUGCGUUAACUCCUCUGGGCAGCUGGGGGGGCGAAGGGGAACUUACCCCGGUUUGGAGGGGUAAAGGGGAAAUUACCCCUCAAGGAAGCGGGGACUGGGGAGAAGAGGCAGAGAGGGAGAGGGAGGAAGAGGGGGAGGGGGUUUUGACACCUGUGUUAACCCCCCAGGGCAGUUGGAGGGGCGAAAUGUCAGGGAGCGAGCGGGGGGAAGGGUCUGAAGGGGAAGGGUCUGUUAUUGAGUUGACUCAGAGGGACGGGGCUUUAACACCUGAGUUAUCUCCCCAGGGAAGCUGGAAAGACGAGGGGGAGAGAGAGGGGGGUUUGACGCCCGAGUUAUCGCCACAGGGGAGUUGGAGGGGGGAGUUUUCAGGGAGUGGGAGGAGGGAAGGGUGGGACGGAUUGGAGGGAGAGGGGGAGGGCAGGUACGAGGAUGAGAGGGGGAGUGAGGAGGGAAGUGAGAGAGGGAGUGUGGUGUCUAGGGGUGGAGAAGAAGAGGAGGAGAGGGAGAGGCAGUGGGAGAGUCUGAGGGAUGGGGAGGAAGAGGAGGGGAGUGUGAGAGGAGAGGACGAGGAGAUGGAGAGAGGGGAGAGUGAGGGGGAGCGUGACGGAGACAGUGAGGAGGAGGAGAGGGAGAGACAAUGGGCCAAGAUGCAUGCUGGGAGUGAGGAGGGGAGUGAGGAUGGGAGGGAGGAGGGGAGUGCGAGGAGGAGUGAGGAAAUUGAGAGGGGGAGCGAGGGUGAGAUGGAGGAGGGAAUGGAAUUGGAGGGAAUUAUGGGUGAGGGGAUGAAGGGGAUCGGACAAUUGGACGAGGGAAGUGAGAAUGAUGGGGAGGAAGUGGGAGAAGAGGAGAGAGAGAGUGGAAGUGAUGAUGAUGAUGAUGACGAUGAUGUGGUGGUUGCAGUGGCAGCAGCAGUGCCACCACCACCAGAAGAAGGGGAUUCGGAUAGGGACGAAUAUCAAGGCUCGGAAAGAGGCUUGGAGGGCGGCUUGGAAACCGGCUCGGAAGCAGGUUCGGAAAAAGAAAGAGGUUUGGGAGAUGAGUGGAGGAUGGAGAGCGACGAGGAAGCGGAGGAAGUGAGAGGUGUGGGCGGCGGGGGAGUGAAAGGAGAAGGGUUUGGGGAAGAGCAGGAGGAGCAAGAGCAGGAACUUUAUGAGCAAGAGGAAGGUCUGAGUGGGGAUGAGAAGAGGGAAGAGGCAAUGGGGGAUGAGGAUGGGGACAGGCCAAGGGAGCAACGGGACAGUGGUGAUAUUGGAGGUGGGGGUAUGAGUGAGAGCGAUGGGAGUGAUAGUGACGACGAUGUUGCUGUUGCUGUGGCCGCCCCUUCUGCUGUGGCCGCCGUUUCUGCUGGCCUUGUUGGGGUGGGGUUGGCCGUGGGAGCUUCUCUAGGAGAGGGUGGCGAGGGAGUGUAUCCUGUGCAAGGCGAUGCGUCAGUUGCUCUUAUCGAGUCUGCUUUUGACGAGAAUGGGCUUGGGAAUCAGGAGAGGGAGCAGGAGGAGAGGGAGGAAGAGAAGGAGGGGCAGGAGGAGGAAAGGGAAGAUAAGGAGCUUCAGGAGAAAGAGUGGAGAGAAGGGCAUGAGGAGGAGGAGGAGGUUGUUGGGGAGGAGUCCAGUAGUGAGCGGGACAGGGAGGAGGAAGAGGAGGAGGAGAGGGGAGUAAAUGCAGUGGGCGGUGGUCUUAUGAUGGGGGGAAGUGAGGGAGGGGAGAGUGAGAGGGAAGUGAGUGAGGGAGAAGAGGUUGAGCGGGAGGAGAGAGAAGGGGAAGAGGAUAUGGGAGAGGGGAGUGACAGGGAGGGGAGUGAGAGGGAGGAGAGUGAGGAGGAAGAUAGUGAUGGGGAGGUGAGGAGGGAGAGGCGACACAGGUACCAUCAGAACCAGAUGGUAGAAGAUGAGGAGGAGGAAGAGGAGGCGGAAGAGGGUUACAAGGAAAGUGAUUAUAAGAAGGAGCGUUAUAAAGAGUAUGAGGAGGAUAGCGAGGGGUAUGGGAAUAAUGAGGAGGAAGAAGAGGAGGGCAGGUUAAAUGAUGAUGAUGAUAAGUGGAGUGACGUAUCAGGGGAGAGUGGAGAAGAGCUGUUUGAGGAUGGGCGGAGGGAUGAAGGGGAGAGUGAGGGGGAGAGUGAGGGGGAGGUUGAGGGGGAGGUUGAACGGGAGGAGAGUAGGGGGGAGGAGAGUGAGGGUGAUGAGAUGGAUGUGGGUGAAGAGAGUGAGAGACGAGGAGCUGGAGGGAUGGAGAGAGAGGAGGAGGAGAUGGACGAGAGAGAGGAGAGAGAGGAGAGGGACUAUGGAGACGAGAGAGAUUAUAAGGUGGAGGAUCAAGAGAGUGAAGAUAUUAAGAGUGAGGAGAGUGAGGGAGAAAGGGGCAGGGCGACAGAAAGUGAUGAAGAGAAGGACGAGGAGGAGGUUGCGACUGGACAGGUUGAUCCGGGGGAGGUGUUAUUUGUGAAAGGGGGAGAGGGUAAGGCGGAGUCAGGUAGUGAUGAUGAGGCGGAGGCGGUAUCUGUGAAGAAAGAUGAGGAGGAUUCGGAGGAGGGGCGUUUGGUUGGUGGUAGGACUUCGGAACGGGUGUCAGAGGCAGGUGGUUCUGAGGAAGGUAGAUCUGAGGAUGGGGAAAAUAGAUCUGAAGAUGGGGAAGGUAGGUUUGAGGAUGAGGAAGGAGGAGAAGCUUGGCAGGGAGAAGGAGAGAGAGUACUCGGAGAUGAGGAGAGGUUAGAAGGAGGAGAGGAGAGAGUGAGGGAGGAAGGAGAGAGUGGGGAGGACAUGGAGGAUAUUGAUAGUGAGGGAGGGGAGGAGAGCAGUGAGGGUGAGUGGGAAGGGAGAGGGGAAGAGUGGGAGGAGGACGAGGAGGAAAGAGAGGUGUUAGCAGCGGUUUCAGCAGCUUCGGCAGCAGCAGCUUCGGCAGCAGGUUUGGCAGCAGUGGUGGCUGCUGCUAAGGCAGCAGCAGGAAGGCACGGGGAUGGGGAUGAGAGGGAGGAGGAGGAGGAGAGGGAGGGAGAAGUGGGGGAGGAAGUGGGUGGUAGUGCAGCAGAAUGGGCUCUCUCUGAAGGGGAGGAGGAGGAGAAAGAGGAGGAGGGGGAGGAGGAUGAGGAGGAGAUAGAAAUGGAGGAGCGAGAGAGGGAGGAUGUGGAAAGUGAAGUGGAGAGUGUAAAUAAAGAGGUGGAAGAAGGGGAGGAAGGAGGAGGUGAAGAGAUGAGUGAUUCAGAAGCAGAGGGAGAAGUGGAAGCAGAAGGAACGGCUGGAACAGAAGGAGCAGAAGGAGCAGAAGGAGCAGAGGGAGCAGAGGAAGCAGAGGAAGCAGAGGAAGCAGAUUUAGAAACUGAUUCCUCUGGGGCCAUUGCUCUCUCUACUCGCUCUCCUCGCAGCGCCAGUUGGAGCCCCCGCUCCCCCCAAGAGGCUGCUUCCCCCCACAGUCCCCCCUCGCCCCAUCUAGGCACCGGAAGCUUAGGCUCCGCUGCUGCUGGUGCUGCUGCUGCCGCCGCCGCCGCCGCUGCUGCUGCUGCUGCUGCUGCUGCUGCUGCUGCUGGUGCUGCUGGUGCUGCUGAUGGUGCUGCUGCUGAUGGUACUGGCAUCACUGCUGCUGGUGCUGGUGGUGCUGCUGGUGACGAUGGUUCUGGCGUUAUAGCUGGUGGUGCUGAGCCGUCUGGGUUCACCUUUGCCCCGCAUAGGCCGUCCCCCCAAGUCUCCCUCACCCUACCCGCCCACGCCCACCAUCCUCCCCUCACUCUUUCCCCCCAUGCGCCCCUUGCGCUCUCCCCCAGAGCGUCUCUGGCGCUCUCCCCGCGCCACCCCCCGUCCCCCCCGCCCCAGCGCCCCUCCCUGCUCUCCCCCAUUUCCCCCCGGGCUCGCCUGGCCACGUAUCGUGUGGCUGGGGAGGGGUUUGGGUUCGGUGUGGGGUGGAACGGGGAGGGCGGAGAGGAGGGGAGGAGGGCCGGGUGGGCUGCUGGUGAGAAGGUGGAGGAGGAGGGUGAGGAGGGAGAGGAGAGUGAGGAGAGGGGCGAGAGGGUGGGUGAUGAUGAGGAGGUGAGGGAGGAGAUGUGGGAUGUGGAGGGGGAGGAGGAGAAGGGGGAGGAGAGGGAGGAGGACAGAGAGGAUGGGAUGGAGAGGGGCGAUGAGAGUGAGGAAGGAGGGGACGUGGAGGGGGAAGAAGAGGAAGAGGAGAGGGAAAGGGAGGCAGCAGAAGGAGAGGAGGAAGGGGAGGAAUGGAUUGGAGAUGGAAGGUCGGAUGAGGCGAUGGAAACGAUGGAGAGGGAGAUUGAGAUGAAGGAGAGUGAAAGACGAGAUAGUGAGAGGGGGGGGAGUGAACGAGGGGAGAGUGAAAGAGCGGGGAGUGAGAGGGGGGAGAGUGAGAGAGGCGAGGAAGAUCUGGGAGAGAGUGAUAAAGAGGGGAGGGAGGAUGGGGCGGAAGGGGCGGAAGGGGAGGAAGGGAGGGCGGAGGAGCGUGGAUCCGGUGAUGAGGCAAGAUCAGACGUGGGAGAUGACAGGGAGGAGGAUGAGGAGGAGGCAGAGGCGAGAUCAGAGGAAGGGUCAGAGGUAGCACUAGAUUCGACUGCUGCUGCUGCUGCCACUGCCUCUGCUGUUUUGGAUGAUGAUGUGUCUGAGAGAGAUGAAAGGGAGGAGGAUGUUGAAGAGGAGGAUGAGUACAGAGAGAAAGAGAGGUAUGGAGAGAGAGAGGACGGUGAAAGCGAGGGAGGAGUGGGAGAGGAGGAAGAGGAAGAGAGAGCAGAGGAGGAAGAGGAGGAGAGAGCGGAGGAGGAGGAAGAUGAGGAGGAGGACGGGCGAUCAGAUUCUCUUUUGUCUCCAGCCCUCACUCCCCAACCUGACUCAGGCUCGGCCGAACCUUCCCCUCACGCUCGGUCUGAUAUUGGCUCUGGUGGAAGGUCGGAAGGGGAUGGAGAGGAUUGGGAGGGGGAGGAAGAUGAGAGAAGAGGGAGGAGGGAGUAUGGUGAGGGAGAGAGUGGUGGAGAGGAGGAGGAGGAGGAACGGAGGGAGCGAAGGAAGGAUUCGGAAGAAGAGGACGAGGAGGAAGAGAAGGAGGAAGAUGAGGAGGAGGAGGAUGAGGAGAUUCGGGGUUCAGGCAAGCGUUACGACUCUGAUCAACGUUACGACUCCGACAGACGUAACGAAUCGGGCAGACGUAACGAAUCGGGCAGACGUAACGACGACUCCGAAGGGCGUUACGACUCUGACAGACGUAACGGCUCGGAGGAGGAUCGUUACGACUCGGAAGAGCGCUACAGGUCGGAUCGGCGAUACAAGUCCGAGAAACAGUAUGAGUCAGAACAACAGUAUGACUCCGAGAAACAAUACGACUCGGAGAGACAAUACGAAUCAGAAACACAAGAUGAGGGGGAUAGGCGUGGGGAGAGAAGACGAGGAGAAGAUAGGGGAAGGCGCAGGGGAGAGGACGGUUCUGGUGGCGAGGAUGAUGAUGAUAGGUAUGAGAGUGAGGUUGAUAGGCGAGAUGGGAGGGAUGAGCAGGAUGAGGAGGAGGAUGGAUAUAGGCGAAGGGAAUAUGACAGUGAUGCGUUUGGCAGGAGUGAGAGGGAGGAGGAGGAGGAAGGAAAGGAAGAAGAUGAGAAGAGUGAGAGAAGGAGGUAUAGAGAGGAGACAGGCAGUGAGGGGAGUGAGAGAAGGUAUGGCGAGAAGGGUGGGGAGGACGAGGAAGGGGAGGAAGGUGGGGAGGGAGAAGAGGGAGAGAAGGGGGAAGAGGAGGGAGAGAAAAGAGAGGAGGAAGAGGAAGCUGGUUCGGAGGCUGCUGCUAAGGUGGGAGAGGAAAGGGACAGAGAUGGAGAGGAUGAGGAGGAUGAGGAAGAAGAGGAGCAGGAGGAAGAGGAAGAGGAAGAGGAGGAGGGGAUUGAGGGCAAGGAGGAAGUCAGGAAAGGGGACGAGCAGGAGAAGGACGGUGGGGAGGAGGCAAGGGAGAGCAGGAGACCCGCUAUGGAACCUCUCCCAGAAGGCAAAGCUGUGAUUCUCUCAGGCUCGCUUGCUGCUGGAAUGACAGGAGAGGUGGGCAGAAACGAGGAGGAGGAGGAGGAGGAGGAGGAGGAUAGUGAUGACGAUAGUGAUGAUGACGAUGCGCCCUUGGCGUUGGCUGCUGAUCCGAUAGCAGCUGAAGCUGUGGCGGAGGGACGGCGGCUCGGAAAGCGCGAGCGGAGGGAGCGGCGCGCGCGGCUGCGGCAGCAGGAGAUGGGGCAAGAGAGGUACGGUGGAGAGCGGUACGGAGGUCAUGAGAGCGAUUCUUCUGCUAUGGAAUGGCAGACGGAGGAGGAGGAGAGGAGGGCGCGAGGAGGGGCGGCAGCAGGGGUGCUGGUUCUGGGAGGGACGGUGGUGAAACUGACAGGGACCGGAGCAGGGGACGAGCCUUUGACGUCGGAUGCAGGUGCAGGGGGGCUGGGAGCGGUUGGGGGAGGUAGAGGGGGGUUGGGUGCGGCUAUGAGGGAUGGAGUGCCGGUGGUUCCUGUGGUGGAUGAAGAGGGAGGGCCAGGGAGGGCGGUGGGUGGGAUGGGUGGUGACGGGGAGAACAAGUAUAACCUUGGCCCGGGCUUCCCAGAGCGGGAGGAGUUAGAGUCUCCUGCUGUGGUGAUUGCGCCUGGCCCUGGAAUGUUUGAUAUGGGAGCGGAUGAGGCAGGUGGAGAGGGAACAGCAGAGCAGGAGGAGGAGGAGGGGGAGGAGGAGGAGGAGGAGGAGGAGGAGGAAGAGGAGGAGGAAGAUGAGGACGAGCAAGUGGGGAUGGAGUCUAUGCAACCACUGGGAGGGGGGUACAACGAUUUUGAUGCUGUUACGGAUAUCACGGCUGUAACAUGCAUGACUGAUGCUACAGAUGCAGACAGCCAAGUGCCCCUGGCGCAAGCUUAUAAAGAGUACGACGCUGCUACCGAUAUCACAGGUAUUACUGCUAUGACAGAGGCAACAGAUGCUGAAAGUCUGGUGCCUGUGGCUUCUCCUGUCCGCAUGCCUGUGGUUGCUGCUGCCGCUGCUGGCAUUGCUGCUGGUGUUAGUGUGAGGGACGAGGAGGAAGAGGAGGAAGAGGAGGAAGAGGAGGAGGAUGAGGAGGAGGAAGGGGAUGAUGAUGUUCCAGUAGCGGGCGCGAUCCAUUCAGUAUUGGAACGUGGAAACUCUGUGAGCAAAAGUGCUCUUGACAUCAUCCCCGCUGCUAUUCCCACAGAAGAGGAGGAGGAGGAUGAGGAGGACGAGGAGGAGAGAAGAGAGGGAGAAGGGAGGUUUCCUCAUUUUGAGAGCGAGGGGGGCUUGAGUGACCUCAACGCUCCUAUUGCCAUGCCUGCUCGCAGCGUUCCGAGGCGAGAAACGGAGGAGGAGGUUGUGGAGGAGGGAGAUGGGGAAGAGGAGGGAGAAAGGGACGAGGAGAGAGAAAUGGAGGAGGAGAGAGAAAUGGAAGAGGAGAGAGAAAGGGUAGAGGAGAGAGAGGGAGUAGAGGAGAGAGAGGGAGUAGAGGAGAGAGAAAUGGAAGAGGAGAGAGAAAGGGAGGAGGAGAGAGAAAGGGAAGAGGAGAGCGAAAGGGAAGAGGAGAGAGAAACGGAAGAGGGGAGACAAUGGGAAGAAGAGGGAGAGGAUCAAGCAGAAAGCGUGGGGGCAGAUGAGGAGGUGGAUGAGGACAAGGAGAAGGAAGAGGAGAGAGAGGAGAGAGAGGAGGGAGAGGAGAAGGCAGAGGAGGAGGAAGAUAAAGACGAGGAAGAAAACGAAGAUGAAGGGGAGGAGGAAUGGUCGUCAGACGAAGCAGGAGAAGACAGGGACUCGGUUGCGGAAUCAAUGCAGCUUGGGGGAGCAGAAGGGGGAGCAGCACGAAUGGAUUCUUUGGAAAAAAGGUCUUCCAGUGGCAGGAAGUACCAGAGGAGUCUGAGUGAGGCUAGUGACGCUGAUACGCCCCUGGCCAUGCCGGUCGCAGUGGGAGGGGCGCGGCAGGGGGCAGGGGAGGAUGGGGCGUCGGAGAUAGGCGAUGGGGAGGAGUCGGAUAUUGGCGUGCCGAUCGCCAUGCCUAUGGGUCCUACACCGAAAAGACGAGCGGAGGGCGCAAGGCGUGGUGGUGUUGGUGCUGGUGGUGGCAGUGGUGGUGGAGAGGAGGAGGAGGAAGAGGAGGGAGAGGAUGGGGAAGGGAGAGGGGGGCGUGCAAUGGAUGAGGAGAGUGAGCUGGACGCUCCCAUUGCAAUGCCGUUAGCCAUGAGAGGAGCAGGCGGGAGCAGGAGGACCAGCGGCGACAGCAGCGGCGGCGGGAGUGGAGGCAUUGGGAUGGGGCAUGGCGGUUGGUCGGGCAGUGGUGUUGCCGAUGCCAUCCGGGCCGGUGUGAUAGAUGAUGAUGGGAUGAGCGUUAUGUCUAGCGAGCUUGGCGCGCCUAUCGCCAUGCCUGUCGACGACAGCUUCGGCAGGACGCCCCGGGCUACGGACGAGGCUCGGCGGCGAGCGCCGAACCAAGGGGCUCCGGCGCAGGUUCGGGCUCUAGCUGCGGAAGGCCUCCGAAGCGGAGGACCAGGUUCGUCCCAUUCCUCCCCGAGGGGUGCAGGGCCGGGAUCGAGAGCCUCGUCAGCAGCAGGAUCCCCGAGGGAGAGAGGGAGACUGGAGAGCCAACGCUCGUCUUCUUUCAAAGUUCCUGUUCGGACCUCGAGCCUGCACUCCGAAGCAGCAGCGCAGAUUCGGCACAGCCCUGGGAAGGACACGGACACAUCAGCAGACGGCGCACAGGUGGCGCGUGGCGGGUCCUUAUCCAGUCGCCAGGCUGGCAGCCACGCUGGCAGCCACGCUGGCAGCCAGGCUGGCAGCCAGGCUGGCAGCCGACCGGGGAGCUUAGCUGGCAGUCCUAACAGCAGCGGGCGUCUUGCUUCUGGUGCUGCUGCUGCUGCUGCUGGUAGUGGGAGGGUGGCAGCAGGAGCAAGCAGCCUCGGGCCUGGCAGUGGUGCUUCUACCCCAACAGCUGGUUUCUUAGGUGCUGCUGGUUCGCCUUCUGCUGCUGCAACAUCUGCUUCGGUCACUCCUCAUUCUGUCACACCGCUCUCAGUCACACCCAAUGGCGAGGGUGCUGCUUUUGAUGCUCCCGAGCCUGCAACACCAGUCGCGCAACCUUAUCCCGAACCUCCAACUCCCAUAGCCCAACCUGCCGCGUCUUAUCCCGAGCCUCAAACUCCCAUUGCCCAACCUGCCAACGACUUUCCCGAACCACCCACCCCUGUUGCUCAACCUGCCCAGCCUUACGCCGAACCUCAAACACCCAUCGCCCAACCUGCCGAGCCUUAUGCUGACGAGCCUCCAACUCCCAUCGCCCAACCUGCUGAGGCUUAUGACGAGCCUCCGACGCCGAUCGCGAAACCUGUCUCCCCACCCAAGCCUGCUCCUGCUCCCGAACCUGCUCCCGAGCCUGCUCCUAAACCUGCUCCUGCUCCCGUUAAAGCUCCUGCUCCUGUUGCUGCUUCUAGUUCGACUGGGAUAUCUGCUUCAGCUGCUGAAUCAACUGUUUCAAGUGCUGCCAGUGACGCAGAGAGUGGGAGAUUGUGGGAAGACGAUGCAGCAGGGGCUAAGCGGCUGGCUGCUGCUGCUGGUGCUGGGAAGAAGAAAAAGAAGAAGUCCAAGUGGUUCAUGUGCUUCGGUCCCCCGUCUGCUGUUGACGACUAG